AUGACCGUCACCUACUCAAGCCAAGUGGCCAAUGCCCGCUUAGGCUCCUUCUCCCGCCUGCUGCUGUGCUGGCGAGGCAGCAUCUACAAGCUGCUCUAUGGCGAGUUCUUCAUUUUCCUGCUCAGCUACUAUACCAUCCGUUUCAUUUACAGGAUGGCCCUCACGGAGGAGCAGCAGGUGAUAUUUGAGAAACUGACUCUGUAUUGCGACAGCUACAUCCAGCUCAUCCCCAUUUCCUUCGUGCUGGGCUUCUACGUGACGCUGGUCGUGACCCGCUGGUGGAACCAGUACGAGAACCUGCCGUGGCCCGAUCGCCUUAUGAACCUGGUGUCGGGCUUGGUGGAGGGCAAGGACGAGCAAGGUCGCCUGCUGCGGCGCACGCUCAUCCGCUACGCCAACCUGGGCAGCGUGCUCAUCCUGCGCAGCGUCAGCGCCGCGGUCUACAAGCGCUUUCCCAGUUCCCAGCACCUGGUGAAAGCAGGCUUUAUGACCCCCGCGGAACGCAAGCACUUAGAAAAGCUGAGCUUGCCCCACAACACAUUCUGGGUGCCCUGGGUGUGGUUUGCCAACCUGUCAAUGAAGGCGUGGAUCGGUGGUCGAAUUCGGGACCCUGUCCUGCUCCAGAGCCUGUUGAACGAGAUGAACAUCUUGCGUACUCAGUGUGGACUCCUGUUUGCCUAUGACUGGAUCAGUAUCCCGCUGGUGUACACACAGGUGGUGACCGUGGCUGUAUACAGCUUCUUCCUGGCUUGCCUGAUUGGGCGGCAGUUUCUGAACCCAGCCAAGGCCUAUCCUGGCCACGAGCUGGACCUGGUUGUGCCCGUCUUCACAUUCCUGCAGUUUUUCUUCUACGCUGGCUGGCUGAAGGUGGCAGAGCAGCUCAUCAACCCAUUUGGAGAGGAUGAUGACGACUUUGAGACCAACUGGAUUGUCGACAGGAGCUUGCAGGUGUCCCUGUUGGCUGUGGACGACAUGCACCAGGACCUGCCCCCAAUGGAGCGAGAUAUGUACUGGAAUGAUCCAGAACCACAACCCCCCUAUACAGCUGCUUCCGCCCAGUAUCAUCGACCCUCCUUUUUAGGCUCUACCUUCAACAUCAGCCUGCAUAAGGAAGACAUGGAGUUUCAGGCAAAUCCAGAAGAGGAGGAGGGCCCUCAAACUGGCAUCAUUGGCCGCUUCCUAGGGCUACAGUCCCACAGCCACCAUCCCCCAAGGACAAACUCAAAGACCAAACUACUACGACUCCAGAAAGAAGGCCUUCUCCAAGAGGGCCAGCUCCAGAAACUCGGGAGUCCCAGACAGCACCCCAGCAACCAGGAAGGCAGCAAGUCCUGGAAGAUGGAGGAGGACGCUUUCAAGACGGCCGCGCUGUACGGGCGGUCAGGCUACCACAGUGCCCCCCAGACACCCCUCAGCCACACCCCCAUGGUCUUCCCACCUGGAAAGUCAGCACCCUCAAGCCUCCGCCGAGUCUCCGGCACAGACGAUGCUGCCAAAGACCAAAGCCUACAGCCUGUGACUCCUGAGAGAGAGGGCGGUUUUGAAUUGCUCUCAGACAGUGCUGGGUCCUCCAUAGAGAACCCACAAUUGGGUCACCUGAAGAAGAAAACUGUUGAGUUUAACCUGACUGACCUGUCUGAGGCCCCAGAACAUCAUCUCAGAGAAUCACGUUUGGACCCAUUGAGCAACAUACACACUAUACUCAAAAGUCACGGAGAUCCCUACUGGGCCUUGGAAAGCAGGGAUGAAGCACAUUCUUAGCACGUUUCCCGAGGGACGCCUCAGCCAGCCCGGUCCUACCUGCGUGUACACCCGCGGGACACUGAUCCAGUCGUAGCCAUGUGGCUGUCCACACUGAAGAAUAUGUUCGCACCGCAGCCUGAGUGAAGCAGUUUAGUGGAUACCAAAGUCUGUAGUUUCAGGACCACGUAAGCCUUUAAACGCCUUUUGUACAUGAAAAUUGUGAAAGCUAGAGAAUGAACCACUGGAAACAUGGAAUUCAAAGCAUCGAAUUCAGGAUCAGGAGUCCUUAAAGUCCUGUCUGAAUUCCACACACCCAAGCCUUAACACGGUACCCCAAACUAAAGAGUUUAAUAAAUAAAAAUCCUCGUAGGCA